AUGGAAUUAUUUCUAUUCAUCGCCAACCUUUUCAAUCGAUUCGAGCUAUCCUGUGAAGAUCCAAAUGAGCCACCAUCGAUGAAGAAGACGUUUCGGCACUACAGUACAACCGCGCGAAUAUCACUGCCUUGCCAAAUCAAGAUUCGAAUGACUGACCGAUGA